GUUGGUGGAGAUCUAUAUGAGUGCAGACGCUGUUAGACCUCAGGAGACCAACACACAGAGGGAGACAACAACUCAGCAGACAGGUGUUAGAAGAGGAAGCAGAUGUUCCAGACUGGCUGUGGUGUGUGUGGGUCUGCUGUGUGUUUUCCUGCUGACCACCAACAUAGUGCUGUACAUGUACUAUAUUAGGGACCAAACCAUCAUUGCAAACCUCACUGCAGAGAGAGAGACCCUCUUAUCCAGUAUCAGAAACCUGACUGAGGAGAAAGAGCAGAUAGGAGAAGAUUUAGUGAAGCUGACUGAGAGAUGCUGGUUUAAUGAACUGAAGACUUUCGGAAGCAGCUUUUACUUUUUCUCCACUGAGAGGAAGAACUGGACUGAGAGCAGACAGGACUGCAGAAAGGGAGGAGCAGAUCUGGUGAUCAUAAACAGCAAAGAGGAACAGAUGUUCUUCAUUAACCAAAAGCAUGAGAAUUUCUGGAUUGGUCUGACUGCUACAGAGACAGAAGACACAUGGAAGUGGGUGGACGGCCAACCGCUGACUGACAAAUUCUGGAAGAACAAAGAACCCAACAGUGGUGAUGGUGGUGGUGGUGAUGUGGACUGUGCUGUUUUCACCACUGCAGACGAAGACGGUCAGCGAACGUGGAACGAUCUUCCCUGCUCAGGGAAAGAAAACUGGAUGUGUGAAUUCAAUCUGACCAACUUCCGCCUGAACAUUUCAACUAAACGUUAUUAGUUUUUCACUGCUUAUCUUGGGAUACAGGCAUAAUUAGAUACUUUAGAAGCUGUUGAACUGAAAUGUAGAGAUUACAGGGCUUGAGCAUGUUGACACAAAUCAUAAUUCUAAAUGAGAAACAACAGGUGUUACAGAUGGAUUUUGUUUAUUAUUAGUUGUGAUAUUGUUUACAUGAAGUAGACAGGGUAUGUACACUCACCGGCCACUU